AACAAACCUUAUUGUCUACAACGCAUCUAUUUUAUUUUGUUUUAUUAUUUCAUCUUAUCGAUUAAUGAUUGCAUUUUAAAUACAAAUAAUAAUCAUGUCUAAUAAAGAGCAGAUUUGCAUAUGUAAUGAUAAUGAAUUUGUAUCCGAUUCUUGUUCGUCAGAUUCUUCAUCCACUUCGGAAGAAUUUUAUGAUGCACCUGAAGUUAUGGCAUUGGAAAUAAUCAAUGAUAAUGAUAUCGACAAGCAAACACAAAUAAAUAGUAAUAAUAACAACAAUACAAAUCCAGCAUCGUCUUUGAUGGCCGAUAGUGGCAUUUAUUCCAUGAAUUCAAGUCAUGUUGAACCAUCUCAAUCACCCGCAAUCAUGGAAACGAUUGAAAACAAAAUUGAAUGUCUUCAUUCUAAUGAUAAAAGUAUUGAGUCGUCAACAAUAGAGACAGUUACAGUACCGGCACCACUUCCUCCACCAAGAUCAAGAAAGAAGAAAAAUAUCAGAAUGAGUGUGGCUUCUGAUGAAUCGAACGAAAUUAAUACAGGCAAUCAUUCCUCUGCCGAAAGUCAAAGCGUAACAAAUUCAAUAGAAAUGGCUACGCCUGGAUUUCAAAUCCAUGCACAGAAUUUAUCUAGCAUUCUUGAUGAUAUUGCUAGUAUAAAAGGUGAUCUAAGUAUAACCGAAUGCGAUAAACGAAGUGCGUUCCAUGAUGAUGUUAUGGCAAACAAGGCAACUGAUAAAAAAUUGAAUAAACAAGAUUUCAUUUUUUCGAAGGAACAGCUUGAAGAGAUUUCCCGCAAUUUGAUCACUAAAGAAAAUUUACCAAGUAGUAGCGGAAGUAUUAAUGCUCAAAAAAUAGAAUGUCCGGUACCUGAAAAUACACAAUCAAUCGAUUCCAAUCAAGUAGUGAUGAAUGUGAGUAAUAAUGACGAAGUUCAACAUACACGAUCAGAUGAUAUUAUGCCUAAAUGUUUAAAUCCAUUGAGUUUACAUCUGAUGAAACUGACUAAUACAGAAAUGACCAACAAUUCAAUGGAAAAAGAACCUUCAUCUACAAGCUUAGCUGAUUCAACAUUCAAAAGCGUAACAUCAUUGAUUUCUUCCACUUUGAACGAAAUGAAAAUCGAGAAAAAAGGAACGCUAGACAAAAAAAAUAAAAAGAAAUUGUUAGAUUCAAUCGAAAAUGAUGAUGGAUUCGAUAUGAAUGACGACGAUGACGAAUAUGAUGAAUAUGAUAAAAACUAUAGUGAUUAUAAAGAUGGAAGGUUAAAAUCAAAAAUUCGUGAUUUAAAGCGUAUUGGUUCUGGUCUGAUCAAAGGCGUAAAAGGUGUGAAAGCUACAUCGGCAAAAAGACGUUCCACAUUUCAUGUUGAUCCAAACGAAAGUGAUAUAAUACCGCCUGCACCGCCACGCUAUAAACUGAAAAUCAAUCACAAAAGAGGAAGUGGUGAUUUUGAAGGAUUAAAAUUAAUACAAGAAAUCAAUGAUUGUAAAGGAGCCAUUUGGUGUAUGAAAUUUAGUAAUUGUAGUCAACUGUUAGCUGCUGCUGGUCAAGAUCAUCUACUAAGGGUUUAUUGUUCACAAAAAUCAUGGAAAUAUUUUACUCAAUUACGAAAUAAAGCUUCUGGCCAACAUGUUUCACCGAAUUCAACUAGAGAACGUAGUUCGAAUGGUGAUUCUUUUGGACGAAGUCAAACGCAGAAAUCAUCAUAUUCACGCAAUGGAAGUCUCAAUACCUGUGAUUCGCACAACAAUUCAUCUUCAUCAUCUAAUUCAUCGGCAUUGGCCAAAGAGUUCUAUAAGGAUGAAGAUAAUACCUUGUCUGAAGAAGGUCCCUUGCUACUUUUCACUAUAUAUCGAGGCCAUACUGCCGAUGUGUUGGAUUUGGCUUGGUCUAAAAAUCAUUUUCUUUUGUCAUCAUCAAUGGACAAAACUGUUCGUCUUUGGCACAUCACACAGAUCGAAUGUUUGUGUACAUUUAGGCACAUUGAUUUCGUGACCACUAUUCAGUUUCAUCCGAGAGACGAUAGAUAUUUUCUAAGUGGUUCGCUUGAUGGAAAAUUGCGUCUAUGGAAUAUACCGGAUAAACGAGUAACAUUAUGGAAUGAAGUUCCAUCAUUGUCCAGUCAACGGGGUAGUGGAGGAAUCAAUAAUGUCAGUGAUUCAGAUAUGAAUCCAUCACACGGUUUGAUCACGGCGUCAUCGUUUGUUCAGAACGGCAAAUUUGCUGUCAUCGGUACCUAUGAUGGUCGAAUAAUUUUCUAUACAACAGAUCAGUUAAAAUAUUUCACCCAAAUACACGUGAAUAGCAAAAAUUCGAUCGGUUCUUCAGCCAGUCAGACUGGUGCUACUAGACGAUUCCGUACGAAUAAAGUAGCCGGUAUUGAGAGCAUUGAUGCUAACAACAAAAUAUUAGUCACCACAAAUGACUCUCGUCUUCGAUUAUAUGAUCUUCGUGAUCUGUCAUUAACAUGCAAAUAUAAAGGCUGCAUAAAUCAAUCUAGCCAGAUUAAGGCAUCUGUGUCGCAUGAUCACAAAUAUAUCAUUUGUGGAUCAGAAAAUAAUUCAUUCUACAUUUGGCGUACACAAGAUAAUUCAACUAUUGGCCAACGACGGGAUCGUAAUAAGCAAUACGAAUGUAUACGUUUGUUGAAUAUACCAUUACAUCAAAUGGCUCCUUCUGCAGUCUUUCCGGCGGCAACGACAACCGAAUUAUCAACUUCAACCGGUGUUAAAAAUGAUCCUAUCAAUUCAACUUAUACAUUUCCUAAUCAUCUGGAAACGACAAAAGAAGGUGACACAAUCGUUAAUAAAGUAGGGAAUGUUGAACCUCGAGAAAGUUUUGAUUCGAAUAUUCCUCAACCAACACCAUCCACAUCUUCGACCACAUCAGCGCCAAUGGCGAAAUCGAAUGCAGCCACCAAAAUUGUCACAUCGGCUAUAUUUGCGUCGGUACCGGGUCAAAUCGAAGAAAAAGCUCGUUAUAUAAUAGCGGCAGCAGAUUUUAACGGAUACAUUCGAAUUUUCAGUAAACAUUGAUUUGAUAAUAAUUUUUAAUGUUUUUAUUUACAACAAAAUACAAUUUAUUUAACUUUAUUUCGA